CGCUACCUCCGCGUUCUCUGUUAGCAACAACUAACUGCCUCCGUUGCUACCCAAAACGUCACUUCCGCCGACGGCGUGGAGAAGCUUACUCGAGUGCGCCGUGUCCCGCUGUCUACUGGGAGUUGUAGGCCACCUCAAGUUCCGGGUUUCGAACAACCCCGCGCUGUGUCCGCCCACUUCCUGUUUGUCCGGCGCGCGGCAUGCCGGGAGCUGUAGUCCCGUGCCCGCGCCGGGGCCGUCAAGGGGCGGCCGAGAAGACUACAGGGAGGCAGCUCCGCGCGGGUCACGGCCGACGGGGUGGGGGCUGCGCGCAUGCGCGGUGCUGGGUGCAUGUGCGGCGGCGGCGGCGGCGGCGGCAGUAGCAGCAUGAAGCGGAGCGCGGGGGAGACCGACCAACAAGCGAAGAAACAAAAGCUACUUGAAGAAAUUGGAGAAAGCUGGCUUCCAUAUCUGACUCCUAGAGAUUCUGAAUUCCAUCAACUGUGGAAGACCAAAUAUUCCAAACUCAUUCUUAGGACAUCUGAUACGGUACCUAAAGGACUGCAUCAAGUUGUGCAAGAUGCUUUUUUGACCUUGCAAAAACAUGGUUGUCUCUUUCAAGAUCUUAUUAGGAUCAAAGGAAAAGAUUUUCUUACCCCAGUAUCUCGUAUAUUAAUUGGAAACCCAGGAUGCACUUACAAAUACUUGAACACAAGACUAUUUACUGUUCCUUGGCCUGUGGAAGGUUCCAAAAUAAAAUAUUGCAAUCCUGAAAUGUUUGAUGCUUGCAAGGCCUUAAUGAAACUUAAUGACUACCUGCAUAAUGAAGCGGUCCAGGCUUUAAAAGAGCAAAGUUUGUCUGAAACCAAAGAAACCAAAGAUGCUGCUGUUACAAAUAAGGAACAGGAUUUUUCUACUUGUGUUGAAGGGGAGAGGACCAUUUUGGAAGAUCAAAGCAGCUCUUAUGUACCAAGGGCUGACCGCAUAAACCUAAAGAACAAAACGUCUUAUAACUUGACUUUAUUAAAUUAUAUGGAUCCACUACAAAUGCUGUACUUAAAACAAGAGCCUUAUUUUGGAAUGGGGAACAUGGCUGUGAGUUGGCACCAUGAUGAGAAUCUGGUUGAAAGGUCAACAGUAGCUGUGUACAGUUACAGCUGUAAAGAUCCUGUGAUUAACAGAAAUCAACAAGAGGAUUUGAGAGGGCGAGACCCAGCUGUUUGGCAUGUGGGGCUGAAGGUUGCAUGGGACAUAAAAACACCUGGAUUAGCAUUACCCCUUCACCCAGGAGACUGCUACUUUAUGCUGGAUGAUCUCAAUAUGACACAUCAGCACUGUGUGUUGGCUGGCUGGCCACCUCGGUUCAGCUCUACUCACAGAGUGGCAGAGUGCUCAAGAGGGACCCUGGAGUACAUUUUUAAGCAGUGUGAGACAGCACUGCAGAAUUUACAAGCUGAUUCUGAAUCAGUGGCUUUAUCUUUGAAAUCACUGGAAGUCACUAUUGUAAAGGAAGUAGAAGGAAUUCAUAAUGAGGUUGAAUUUGAAUGGCUUAGGCAGUUUUGGUUUCAGGGCAAACGCUAUAGGAAGUGCACUGAUUGGUGGUUUGAACCUAUGGCUAAACUGGAAGAAUUUUGGAAAAAGAUGGAGAUUAUGACGAGCCUGGUGCUCACUGAAGUUGGAAAAGAGGAAUGUACCAUGGAACAAAGGAAUGAAAUAGUGAGCUGCUUCUUACCAUUUCUUACUGAACGACAAGAGCUACGCAAAGAAUGGACAGCAAGUGUGACAUCUUGUAAAACCCAGUACUUGGACUCAGCUAUACUCCAGGUCCCAGGUGCCAAUCCCAGCUGGCAAAGAGUUUACCAGAUGAGCAGAAGCCAGAGUGCCAUCCCUACUGGAAGAAUGAUGAUUCUAACAUGCCUCUCCCAUAUGAUCUUGAAGAAGUAAUUGCUAAACUCCAGGCCCUGCUUCAAUAAAUGGAGCACUAGAAGGUGCAUGCCCAGAGUAAAAUUACUUGUGCCCAUCUCUUGAAAAGAAAAUUUCUAAAGUGAAUUGAAUCUCUGUAGUGUUUUUAUAUAUAAAUCACAUAGGUUUAUUUCUUCCUUGAGUGCAAGUUCCUGUCCAUUGUAACUGAAUUAUGUUUUGUAGCUACUCAUUUAGAAAUUUCUAAAAUAAAAAGAAUAAGGCCUAGAUCUACACAAAAAAAACUAAAGUACCGUAAGUGGAACUAACUUAGACUUUUGGCACCUAAGGCCAAGAAUGUGAUCUGUAACCUCACCAAACCCAUAGGUGCCUAAGGUUUUGCCAGUAGAAUUCCCUAGGUGCUUGAAGAUCUGUUUCUGUGAAUGCCAAGAAUUUCUCCCAUGCUGCCUUGACUGAGCAGCUUCAUUCCUGUUGACAUGUGCAUACUGUUCCUGCUGAGAAUUAUGCCACUCUCACCUACUUAAGCUCUAAACACACCAACCCAGGAAGAGGCAGCGAAGUUACUUUGGAGGUUCCCCUUGCCACCCCUGUCUAACAUGCCAGAGAUGAGGAUCUGAAGAGGAGCAGCAGGUGGUGACCUCAGGACAGUUUAAUUAUCUCAUUUCUAGAUUUGGCAUAUGUGGGGCAGGAGCAGAAGGGUUGCGUGCAUUUCUUGGUCACCCUUCCCAGAGCACGGCAAAACUGUAGACAUACCUGCUGCCAUAGAGCAGCCUGAUCAGCAUCUGCAACUAGGUGUCCUCCACUUAUCUUCCCUGAGGGACUUCAUUAGAUCAAAAUGUUCUGAAUGCACCUAACUCAACUAUUGCACAGUCAACCCAGCCAUUUUUUUUUUAAAUUUUGAGUGGAAGAGGAAAGAAGGGCUAGCACAGUUGUUUGGUGGUUACAGUAUUCACCUGGAUGGAGAGAAAUUUCCUAUGAAGGGGUCCUAAAAGGUUCUAACCAAUAGCUUUCACCUCCAGGAGAGUGUCCUAACUGCCAAGUUAUCACCGUUCUGGAGGAAGGGCUCACCUCACCCGUCCUGCUGGAGCUGUCCCAAAGAGAAUACACAAUCCACUGGGCUGGAGAAAGGGAGUAAAAAAGGAGCCUGAUUCCUUUGCCCAGUGACUAGGAUUUUUUUUUAAAUGUAUUUUGAACUAAACAGUCAGUGCAUAAAAUGCACAUGCAGUCCAAGAAGCAAUGUUUGGAGCCUGCACUGGUUUGAUGUUAAGUUGCUUUGUGAGUUUAUCGCAAAAUACAAAAAUAUAAGAUUUUAAAAAUAAUGUUGUUUGUGAUCUAUUUUGUAAUAGGAUACUAGAAAAGCAGGCAGUUCCUUUCUGGUUCAUUGGGACUAUCCAGAAUAAAAGCCAAUUUUCUUUCAUUUACAUUGUAUUCUAACUGGCACCGGUUUAUUUCUUCCCAAAUGACAAAAAAAAGAGUUUGUGAUGCAAAAGUGCUUAUUGUCACCUCAGAAAGGAUAAGAUCCAGUGUGGCUAAUAUAGAGGUGGAACAUACCUGCAGGACUAACAUUUUAUUUAAAAUCACCAUUCAAGCCAGGUUUCCUUAGAGUGUGCUGCCAGAAUAGCUAUAGUAUUCUUACUAGCAAAGCCCUGUAGUAUGGAUGCAGCUUAUACUGACAGAACUGUGAUUUUGCCCAGUGUAGUUUAUGCCAGCCCCCCCUUGAGCAAAAUAAUUUAUGCCAGGAAAAGCUCCAUUUUGCAGACAUAACUGUGUCUACACCUGGGCAGUCUUCCCAGCAGAGCUGUGUCUGUCAGGAACUGCAUCUCUUUGCACCCCUGAGCACCAUUGCUUUGCCAGUUCAAGAUUAUAGAGUUGGCUUGAAUGUGAAUAUAUGUUUUAUGCCUUACAGUCCAUGACUUUUGUUGUGGCCAUCAGCUACCACUAAAAAAGCGAGGCCCCUUUUAAAGAACAAAUAAUUAAAUAGAGUCUGAUUGUAUUAUUAGGACCUUGUUCCUGCAAACACUGUUCAACUGAUGUCCCUUGCACCACAGCUUCUUAAGACU